AUGUCUGGAUCAACCCUCUUUGCCAACUUCACCGAUGAUAGUUCUGAUCAGGAGCCCGUUGUGUGCCAGACUGGAGCCCGAUGCUACACUCGCGACCGUUCUGAUCUCACAAAGGGCUUGCUGAUCUUGCCCGGUCAGCCUCGCUUCCGGGUGGAGAACCUUUCUGCUGUCUCCGGUGGCAGGCUUGUGUGUGCAGCUUGCCAUGCGCAUUACGCAAGGAAAGCCUCGAGCUCGGUCCGAGCAACGUUCCGGGGCGAUCUGGAAGGCGAGAAAGAAUCUAUCCGGCAGAGGAACAUCCAAGGACGCGUUGGAGGUCCUCGUGUUUCGCUUCCAAACCAACCGAUAUCAAGUUCCGGAUCGUCCAGUGCACCAAUUAAUCCGGGGCAAUAUUCAAGCCAAGGCUAUUCUGCUGCUCACUCUCAGUAUGCCGCGGCACGCGGGGCUUUUACCAAAUCAGCGUAUACUGGGAUGUCGCCGCAGUGGAUCACCCUGAACAUUGGUGUCCGCUAUGAGACUCGUGGUCGACCUACUGGGCAAGUCUUUGGGGUAUGUUACGGUGACACGAUUCACGAGGGCAAGAAUGUCCCUGCAACAAUUACCGCAAGCGAAAUUAUCACAGCCGUGUUUGAUAACGUGGCGCCCAAGCUUCGUCAAGCCAUCGCUCAGGAAACUGACUCUCAAUUUGUAUUUGAUGAGUCUAAUUUUUUAGUACGCGAUACUGAAACGUGGAUCAAUGUCCACGCGGAGCUCCCAGGAUCCAGCGUGCUCUAUGAGCGUUGCCUCAAGACAUCAAAGGCUCGUGCCGACAAGGGCCAACUCGUGUUUCAGCGACCGAGAAAGCCCUUUCAAUUUGCACUUGUCAUCGACGCCAAAGAAUGGCUCAGAUAUGAAAAUUACCGUGAUGCCCGGGAGCUGGACACACUCUCUAUUCAGGAUAAUGCCGAUACCGUCUCAUCUGCGCUACGCUCGCACAUGGUACAGCGUGCCCCUGAGCCUUCGGCCCUCAAAUUGACAGUCCUGUCGGCCGCGGAGACUACUAAGGAACCGAGUAACGGGUGUUUGACACGCUCAAAAACAAAGAGCAAGACUGCCACUGCCAGUUCGUUCAGCUCCGUUCGACCCUCUCGAUCGGCGCCAAGCUUGCAGGACUUUACUCAGCCAGAUCAAGCGCUGCCAGAGUCGCCGCUUCCAAGCUCUGGCACGAGAGAAAUUUCGUCUCAGGAAUCCAGUAGCAAGAUAGCGACUUCGAAAAAGCGUGCUGCUAGUCCAAUCGACGAUUAUCAUCCGGUUGACCAGCAACGUCUUCGAAAGGCACUCAGUAUAGGCGGCUCCUUUCCCAACAUUGCGAGAGCCUUGCACACAACGGAGAUAAUCCAAUUCUUCCGUAUCACUGGGACCUCCGAUCUCAAUAAUCUCCUCGCAAAUGGCGGACAAAAAUUUGUCUGCGAUAUUGCGAAGGCGGAAGCCGGUACUCUGUCGCUCCAGCCUUCGGAGAAGCCUCUGGGGAUCGGUUCGUUCAAAUCUGCUCAUUCUGCGUUUCUGACGCUGUCCACUUUGCCGACCACACCCCUCGGAGCGCUUCCAAAUCAAGCCGUUGCCGCGAAACGCAUGUUCAAGAACAACAAGAAUACCGUCUUGAUCCGCUUCAACCCCAUCGAUGAAUAUGCGCACCAUGUAUCGGAGGCAAAUCUCCUAUUCUGGGGCACUACCCUUCUCAGUUUCGUUUAUUCUUUCGUGCGUAACUACAUAUCAAAGCAUGUCGCGCCACCAGGCGACCUCCCUAUCUUUGAAGUCCGCUUCGUCGAGGCCGGCGUUGCUCUGGUUCACAAUGCGGCGGCAGAUGGCAAGUCGAGCAAAAUGAUGACAUCACUCCGACGAUCAUAUCUCAUUGAAGAAUUAAUUGGAACGGGCUCCGGAAAUCUCUUGACGGAUCCGCAGGUUAUGACUUCACCGACUCUCGAACGUGGUCUGUUUGGUGGUGGCAAUUCAGGCAGGUUCUUCGAGAAGUUUCCUGAGCAGCAUGUAUGCUCCGGUUACUGCAAGUUUUUUGGACUGUCUAGUCUCAUGUAA